CUGAUUUCGACUGGCGAUGUCCAACGUUUCUUUUAUUUUGAUCGAGCCUGCAGGGAGGCCAUCAAAUGAAUCACAGACGUCGUUGAUCAAAGAAUGGCAGCUCGCUUUUACUCAGCACCUCCAGCCAAAGGACCUCGAGCGCUUCUCCUUUCUGGAGAGCAGGCUAGGUCAACUUAAGCAAGCUCAAGUUACGUUCGACUGCGUCGUUUCCCCUGCAAACUCGUAUGGUAUCAUGGAUGGCGGGUUAGCUAUAGCUUUGUACCUGAUCCCCCCCUCAGCAAGUUAUGUUAACGCCCCGUCCAGCUUUGAUUUUUAUCUGUCGAUGGCUUUCUCUCCGCCAAAGGACUUCCAUGCUCUUACUCGCCUCGUCCAGGCCGCUAUCAGAGAUCGGUAUUACGGCUUCGCACCACCAGGUUCAUGUAUCCUUGUCCCAGGCCUCCCGCCAAACGAUUUCUCUUGCAAGGUUAUAGCUGUUUGCCCUACGAUGCGCUACCCGGAGGAAUUAAAGUGGCAUAAAGACAUCGUUUACAACACGAUGUGGUCUCUGCUGGUUGAGCUCGAGAUAUGGAACGAGAAAGCGGAUGACGAAGAGAAGAAAAUUAAGAAGGUCCUGAUGACGGGGCUUGGGACAGGAGUCGGCAAGAUCCCGUCAUCAGUUUGCGCAAAACAGAUGGCAUUGGCCGUUAAACACUUCCUUUAUGCAAGGAGCGAGGAGGGUCAGAAGACUUGGGCUGAAAAUGACUACCUAUCAUGGGACAAGGUUUUGGAUCUCGCAGAAGAGGUUUCAAAAUCCUGAAUGUCAAUAUGAUAUGGCUCAAGUGUUACUGAUGUGUUGCUUCAGAUAAACGUGAUUUCGAGCCGUCGACGCAUCGUACUAGCCUUUGGAUAGGAGACCUCAAUUGGACAGUGACCGAACCAGUAAUACCUCUGCACAGAUUUUUCGGUCACGCUGUCCGUACUCAUGCCCUGUAUAAAGGUGUACAACGUAUAAAAAUUACAAACGAGUUAGCAAUGCC